UUCAAGAAGUCUAGUGUCUCGAGGGCCUCGACGGAUAUUUGUCGAUAUCAUGUGUUGUCCACCGCCAAAGAAAUGAUCUCUUUAGGAAAUCAAAUUCAAGAUUGCUGAAUUAUGCCUUUCAUCAAAUACAUGCUCGCAAUAUCGAGGACGGAAACGCUGACCGAUAUAACAUUAACAGGAUUGCAAUCUCUGCAAUAAACAUGCGUUUAGAUCGAAUCUUGAUUCAUGUAACGAGAUUGAUAAACGAGGCAAAAGUUUCGCUGCUGCGAAUUUCUGCGUUUUUCUGGGCCUCUCUCAUAGUGCAACAAAGAAGUCGGAUUAACGGGGGAAUGUCGUGUGCUGCAUAAGGGUAGGCUAUGGGCAGCUCUUUCCUGUGUUGUGUAGUUUCAGAAGGUCAGUGUAGAGGCGUUUAGAAAUAAACUGACCUGACAACUGCUUCAAAGUGAGUUUUUAAAAGUCAACACAAGUCAACCUCACAAGUCUCCUCUUUGGAAACGCAACAACUUGCGGUAGAAUGGAUUAAUGCUCAGCAGUUGUAGUCAAUGUCGCCCUCUUGUGGCCAUAUGCGUAACAAUGACCCAUGUCCUCACCCAGACGUCCAUAAUAAUAACAGUCAUGAUAACUUGGGUGUGACGGAUGGAGGAGCAGGUACAGACGCUGGCCGGGCGGCGACGGUUGCCGUGUGUGCGUGAGCGACUGUGGAAGGCGCCGGCAGGUGGGAAUGUGGCGCUGCUGCCAUUCCGCUGCCCGCGCUGCGGAGACAACAUGCGCUUCCGCAGCCUGAACUCUCUACGCGCCCACCUGCAGCUCACACACACCUUCCCCACUCCACCUGUGUCCAGAGCUCCACCCCUCUCCACACUGCCCCGCCCACAAGAGGAUAGUCACGCCCCCCCAGAACUACAGCCCGCCCCCAUCAUUAGCCCCGCACCCGCACCCUUCACAACAGCAGUAAAGGCCCCUCCCCCUGCCUCCCCAUUGGAUCACACAUCUGGGGGCAUGUCUAUGGAGGCGGAGCUCCAGGUGCGUCUGUGGGUGGCUCUGAAGAAGGCGGAGCUUCAGCUGCAGUCUGGGCAUGCUCAGUACAGCACAGCUCAUCAGCGGCCCCUGGUGGUAGAGGAGCAGCACAGCAGGCAGGUCCACUCCGCUGCCAUGGUGAUCGCAUCGCUACGGCAACAGCUGGCCACCUCACAGCACCAGCUGGAGCAGCGAGAGAGUGAGGUGUUGGGGAUGCAGAGCUGGCUGGCGUUAGCUGCUCAGCACGAGCUGCGUUGUAAGGAGACGCUGAGGAGCUUCAUAGAGACUCUUCUGCAGCGCCUCCAUGUGGCCGAGAGCAGCAACAACAGGAGACACUGAGGAGCUUCAUAGAGACUCUUCUGCAGCGCCCCCAUGUGGCCGAGAGCAGCAACAACAGGAGACCAUAGCGCCCCCAUGUGGCCGAGAGCAGCAACAACAGGAGAUUAUAGCGCCCCCAUGUGGCCGAGAGCAGCAACAACAGGAGAUUAUAGCGCCCCCAUGUGGCCGAGAGCAGCAACAACAGGAGACUAUAGCGCCCCCAUGUGGCUGAGAGCAGCACUAACAGGCAGAAAAUUAAGAUUUUUACAUCAUUGAAAGCAGUCAGUCCAGCAUUGAAAUCCGUAUUUCUCCCAUCUCAAGGCAAACUGAGGGAAUGAUGUACGACCAUUCAAAAACAUGACUGGUUUUCUAAAGAUACAAAACUUAAUGCUAAUCGGUGAAGUGUCCCUUUAACACCCAAAUAGAUUGAAAAUGGUUGUAAUCGUUUGUGCUUCGUUUGUGCACGAUUGUGCAGACAAAAUAAACAUUUGUGCACUCUUGUUUUUCAAGUUAUUAGCGUUAUUUGCUGGCGAGUGAUGUCACCCAGCACCCCAUUAACACCCAAAAGGCUAAAGAAUGGUCGAAAUCGUUUGUGCUUAAUUUGUGCAUGCAAAAAUGUACAUUUGUGCACAAACCAUUUCAAGGAUAUUAAACUUUAACUUGGUUAGUGACCUGAGGGGUAUUUCACAAAACCUAGAUAAGGGAUUAAGACAGGAUUUUUUGGUUAUCCUGGAUAUUUUUACCCUUGACUUGGUUUCACAAUAGAGAUGCUACAUGGGAAUUUAUUCUCUGCAACUAACAGCCAGGCUUAGUUAAUUCUGCUCUGUUAUUGGUUCAUUGAGCCGUCACUGUCAUUCCGCGCAAGGGGAUGAGUGCUUUCAUAGACCUCUGAAGUUCGCCUACAACCAGUAGUAAGUAAGUAAGUAAGUAAGUAAGUAAGUAAGGUUUAUUUAUAGAGCACAUUUAACCACAGCUCACACUGUACAAAGUGCAUAAGCUAACAAAUAAUAAAAUAGGAUAAGAUAGAAUAGAUAAAUAUACAGAAAGAUGAAAUCAAAAGACAACACUUAAUUACAGACAUAACAGGGUAGAUAAUUAACACACAGGGAAGGCCAAU